AUGGCUUCCGCCGGCGUUCACAGCAACAGCGCGAUCCUGACGCACCUCUCGCACGCGCUGCUCCGCAUCUCACGCAUUCCACCGAGAGUCAUCGCCAGUCCUCCCACACAACCUCGUCGAGCAUCCGUCGCCAUCCUGCUCCGUGUCCGCCCAACAGCGGAGGAUGAAGCCUGGCUGGCACAGAACCACGACCCUGAAGCCCAGCAUGCUGCCACAACGCCCAGUGGCGAUCCGAGCGCGAGCCACGAGCUCGGCAACUCCGGGGUGCACGUCUCUCAAGCCUCCCUGGGCGCCGGGACCGCCUCAUUAGCCUCGAGCGUCGCCUCCGGGGACCUCUCCUCCACGCUCUCCACCUUCUUCGACCAACCCUGGGUGCAGCGGGGCACGCCCGAGAUCCUAUACAUCAAACGAGCCGCUCGGAUCGGGGACAACUGGUCCGCACACGUCGCCUUCCCCGGCGGUCGCAAAGAAGAAGGCGACGAAAACGGCCUCUACACCGCCAUGCGCGAGACGUGGGAGGAGGUAGGCAUCGAUCUCGCCGAAAAGGAGUUUUCUUGUGUUGGUCAGCUCGACGAUCGUGAGAUCACCACGAGUCUCGGUAAACGGCUGCUGAUGGUGUUGUCCCCGUAUGUGUUUGUGCAAACCUCGCCGUUUAGUCCGCUGCCGGAUCUGCAGCCGAGCGAGGUGGCGAGCGCACACUGGGUGCCACUGGGGCUGUUGUAUACGCCCAAGCCGAAAUGGGGCACUACGUCGGUGGAUAUCAGCAGUCGAUUGGCGCCCAAGUCGCCGCUCGUAAGGUGGGUGUUGCGUGCGUUGGUGGGGAAGAUGGACUUCAAGUGCAUCCUCCUACCGAACGACCCCGUAGCGGUGGCAGAGUACGAGGAGGAGGACGAGGGGGAUACGUCGCAAGAGAAACCGGGAUCGCACAUCGCCCGAACGGAGGAAGGCGUUGUGCGACCCGAUCUGAGGUUGUGGGGUUUGACGUUGGGUAUGACGCUCGACCUGCUCUCGCACAUGACGACGUACGAGUCCAAUUCGUCCUUCCGAAGCGGUGGGAUUUCGCCAACGACUCCGACUUCGUCUUGGUCCAAUCUUCCCUCUCCGCCACCGCUGCGGGUCGACUCAUCGCUGCCCUCCGCGUCCGAGUUGGUCUCUGCCCCGCUCGUCUCGGCCAACCGAGUGAUCAGUAGAGUGCGGGAUGAGUUUCACCUCAACCCUCCACCCGCCUCGCAUGCGCUGGCGCCGAGCCUGACCUCGGUGUUCCCUCGUUUCUCGUAUCCGGAUGUCAACUUUUGGAUCUGGUUCUUCGGCUGGCGGUACCGCACGGUGGUGCGCGGCUGGGAGGGGAGUGUGGGCACGCGGAUGGAGCGCAAGUUCAAUUGGAGCGGUAUGGCGUUGGGUGCGUUCUAUAGUGCGGUGCGGAGAGCGCUGGUGGUGGCUGUUGUGUUGAGGGCACUGGGGAUGGUGAGCGCCGGCGGGGUGGUGGGGUGGUUGUUGGCCAGGAAGGCGGGGAGGAUGAGGAGGGGGCAGCAGGGGUGGGGGUUGGACGAGCUGUUGAGGUGA